ACUGACUAUGAUGACGAAGAGAUCAAUAUUGGUCUUCGGGAACAGGAACAAGACAUUCAUCAAAUUCUUUUCAAAUCACUUAUUAGAAAUAACUUGUUUUCCAUUCAACCAAGCUUUUAUGAUUCGCACUUAACAACAAAGCCUAAAAAAGCUAUAUAUGCUGAACUAUUUGGAUUAUCAAAAAAGGCUAUCGAUUUGGCUAUCAAAUCUGAUAUGUCACAGGAGCUAGUAAAUACCCUUAAAUUAUUUCUAAAUAACGUACAAGACAAAAAUCAACAAACAAAUAAUGAUGACAAUCAGAUUGUCAUAAAUAAUCCAAAUAUUGUUAAGCAUAAGGGCCAGCCACCAAAAAGAUUGAAGUCUAAUAUUGAUGGCGGUGGUGAUAAUGAUGCGACGAGUGUUGUGAAGGGAUGUAUGUGUAGGAAGUAUAAACAAUAUAGGCAUUAUGCUAAAACAUGUCAGGCAUGA